CACCACUUUCCCUGCGUCCCUUCUCUACUGCCUGAGCUCUUCGUCUCACGUUGCGCCUUUGGUGUUGCCUGAUGGAGCGUAAGCAACGCCCUGCAUAAGGCAAUCUCGUCGGCCCUGUCUAAUUGGCUCCUGCAGAGUGAGUGGGCUGCCUCCUGAGGAGACCCUAACUCAAGCUGAAAAUGCCUGUACUCUGGAUUAUGCGUCAAGCUUCCCGGACAGGGACUCCAUUGUGCCUGAGCCUUACUCGGCAUCUCAGCAACACAGCUCCAAAAGCUUCCUACAAAUAUGUGAAUCUCAGGGAGGAGCCAACAGACCUGAGAUCUGUCACUGACAAGGCUGCACAGACCCUCCUGUGGACUGAACUUAUCCGAGGCUUGGCUAUGACCAUGAGCUACUUGUUCAGGGAACCUGCCACAAUCAACUAUCCCUUUGAGAAGGGUCCCCUAAGUCCUCGUUUCCGCGGGGAGCAUGCCUUGCGCAGAUACCCAUCUGGAGAGGAGAGGUGCAUUGCUUGCAAGCUCUGUGAGGCCGUAUGCCCUGCUCAGGCCAUCACUAUUGAGGCAGAGCCCCGUGCUGAUGGCAGCCGCAGGACUACUCGCUAUGACAUUGACAUGACCAAGUGCAUCUAUUGUGGAUUCUGCCAGGAAGCAUGUCCCGUUGAUGCCAUUGUGGAGGGCCCCAACUUUGAGUUCUCCACUGAGACACACGAAGAGCUUCUGUACAACAAAGAGAAGCUACUCAACAACGGUGACAAGUGGGAAGCUGAGAUUUCUGCUAAUAUACAAGCGGACUACUUGUACCGGUGAUGGGGCACUUACCCGGACCCCUCUUCACACAUCCUAACCAGCCAGCUCAACCGAAGCCAAGCCUCUAAUAAAGGACAUGCACUCA